UGACUACGACAAUGCCGUCGUGUCGUGCCUGACGACGAUGAAGUAACGCUUUUUCGCGUGCGUAACAGUUCGUUCGACCGACAGAAAGUUAUGCGCGGCAUUAUUGUGAUGUGUCCGUGUAGUAUUAUCGACAGUCAAGUACUCGCUCUACUCUGCAGAUGUUUUUCGUACAGGUGCCGGGUGCGUAGAACACAGCUGGCAAAAUGGGCAAGUUGUUGUCAAAGAUCUUUGGCAACAAGGAGAUGCGUAUUCUCAUGCUAGGACUGGAUGCGGCAGGAAAAACUACAAUAUUGUAUAAACUUAAACUAGGACAGUCUGUGACAACUAUACCAACAGUAGGAUUCAAUGUAGAAACAGUUACCUAUAAGAAUGUUAAAUUUAAUGUGUGGGAUGUAGGUGGUCAAGAUAAAAUACGUCCGUUAUGGCGUCACUACUAUACAGGGACGCAAGGACUUAUUUUUGUAGUAGACUGUGCGGAUCGAGAUAGAAUCGACGAAGCCCGUCAAGAACUUCAUCGAAUCAUAAACGAUAGGGAAAUGCGUGAUGCGAUAAUUUUAAUCUUUGCUAAUAAACAAGAUCUUCCGGAUGCAAUGAAACCGCACGAAAUACAAGAGAAACUGGGAUUAACUAGGAUACGAGAUAGAAAUUGGUACGUUCAGCCAUCUUGUGCCACAACGGGAGACGGGCUUUACGAAGGUCUUACGUGGUUAACCAGUAAUCAUAAAUUAUGAGCAAAUAUUUAUUUUUCACAAAUUAGUUAUAUAUACAGAGAAUAUACGUUUGCUUUGUAUUUUUUAUUUUAAUUUAUCAUAUGGAGGCUCCGUCACGACGAACAACUGACAAUGAUACAUUUGACGACAUCUUUUUUUACUAGUAAAGUUAUCACAGAUGCAAAGAGGAAAAAAGGAAAUAAUAUAAAGACGACUAUUAAUGGUGUGUUCCAAUAAUAUUACUACUAGGGGAAUAGUAAUUUAUUGUAAACGAGGUACCAAGGGUUUAUGCGUGACCUUUGUUACACUAGCUAUUUAUCCCAUUUGAUGGAAAUACUUACUGAAUAAAGUUAUGCUAGCGGGUUUAAUAUACCGCUCUCUGUACAUGUAACAUAUUCACACAAGUGUACUGUUUCAUGUGUGAGACACACACAAAUUGUACAAGUUAAAAAUUACGAGAAUCUAGUUAUGAUAUUAAGCGGUUCACGGAUUCACAAGGAUUAGUAUACUGUAUAACUUACCUUUGCAGAAUCAUAUCUAAUAUCUAACUGUUAUUUGAGCGGAGUUGCGUUUCUUGAGCAGGAGUGCCUCAAGUUUUUAAUGAAACGCAGUUAGAGAUUUUUACCUUCGCGAAAUACAUCUCGUUGUCAAAAUGCUAUCUAAUGUGUAUUAUAUAAUAUUCAUACAUAU